UUUUCCUCUCAGUGAAGUAAAUGCAGGCUUUUUCUACUCAAAUGCAGAGCAGAGAGAGGCAAUGGUUGCAGCUGAAAGGCGUCAGGUGGACGAAAGAGUUAAUAAAAUCAUUGAACUGAAAAAUAAGGUUUGUUCUGGUAAUGACAAUAACUUUGUUGUCAUUAAUCAAAAGGGAAUUGAUCCCCCAUCACCGGACCUUCUUGCGAGGGCAGGGAUUAUUGCCCUUCGGAAAGCAAAGAGGAGAAAUAUGGAACGAUUGGUUUUAGCCUGUGGAGGAGAGGCUGUGAAUUCUGUAGAUGAUUUAACUCCUGAUUCCCUUGGUUGGGCUGGACUAGUCUAUGAGCAUAUCCUAGGGGAAGAGAAGUAUACCUUUGUUGAAAAUGUGAAGAACCCUUAUUCUUGUACAAUCUUAAUCAAAGGUACUUGA